AUGGCACAUCUUCGGAAAAGUCUCAAAGGCGCAGGUGGACUUCCCGAGGAGGACGGAGAACACGAACGACGAGGACGAAAAGCAAAUCUGAGGAGAAGUCAUCGCGAUAUCAAAGGUAAAAGCAACAAAAGCACGGGGUCGAAUACUAAAACGAAGAACGAGAUUAUCAAAUCAGUCGCGAUUGGAAUCGUAUGCGCAGCAAUGUUGCAACUCCUGUUCGUGUUUUUCCUUCUGAGCGAAGAUACGGACGAGUGGCGAGCGUCGGAGGCGUUUACCAAAACGAGGAGUUUCGGAGGAAGAAGAGGAGGAAAUGAUGAAGAAAAGAAGUUAACAGAUGUAUUUGAAGACGUUACGCACGACAUCGACGGGUCCGUUCAAUACGAACCUCCAAUGAAACUGAACGCGUUCGGGUACGUGUAUUGGCACCGAGACCCGGGCGAAGGCGUCGUCAAUUGGCACUCGUCGUUGGCGGAAGUCUUACGGUUCGCGCGAGCGCACAGGAGAACGCUCAUUAGUCCGUGCGUGAGGAACGGGCAGUUGAAACCGUGCGUGUACGACACGGACGACGCGUCGAGUUUGAGGACGAGCACGUGCAGGACGAAACGGGUCGGGUGUAAGUAUCCCAGGAAAAGGAGGGAGAAAGAUUUGGAGGUGGAGGAUGAUCUGAGCAGCGACGUGAUGAGACCGAUGACGUUGGCGCAGUAUUACGAUCAAGGACGUUUGAAAAGUUACGUGGACGAUAUGGUGAGCUACGAACAGUUCGCGGAGAGGGUUUUUGAACGCAUUUUAGAGGACGAGAGAGGGAAGGAAGGGGAGAAGUUAACGACGAGAAAAGGAGGAGGAAGAGGAGGAGACAAAAAGAACAAAUCGAAGAAUAAAAAGAAAUAUCGCGCGUACAGAAUGGAUUGCAGUGGCGACCAUUGCGUGUUACCGGAGGAUGAAAUGUGCGUACCACCUACGGAGGAAGAGCUGUACGACGAAAAAGGGGAGAUUAUGAAGAAAUGGCGCGAAGACUUUGAUUUCGAUUGGCUCGAAUACGCCGACGAUUUAGAACAUCCGGUGACUGCCUCUUCUUCCGGUAGUCCGCGAAAAGCUAUGAAAGAGAGUAAAGCGUCGAUUUCCAUGCACGACGAAGACGACGAAGAACUGUAUGCGAACAUCAUCAAGAAGCGCAACAGCAAACCCGACGACGAAGAAACGAAAAAGAGACGAAAAGCGCCUCUCGUUGGACGCGCGGAUCUCGAAGAAUUUGCGCGAAACGGUGGAGUCGUGCCAAAACGGCCAAAAGACGAUAACGAAAGCAGGGAAGAUGCGAGAGAGAAAAAGAAGACGACGAAUCCGUUGCUGACUGUCGGCGACGACGAAGGGACUACCACUGAGACAAAAGACGAGGACCAAACUACUUCGUCGAUGUCGUCGUUAGGUCGCCUCACCUUGGCUACGGAUUCCGAAACCGUCGGUACGGACGUCAUCGUAUGCGACGAUAAAAACCGAUUCGUGACAAAAAUUGCAAUGAUUUCGUAUUUUCACGAUAAAGCAGUCAGUUCGCGUCCGUUGACGGUGACCCGACGAGGUUUGAUUCGCGCGUUAAACUCAACGAGAGUCGCGCCGAGAGAAGGCGCGAAACUCGAAACGCGUAGGAAAGAGUACGCCAAACGUGAAAUGAACUUCAUAAAAAUAGAGCACCCAGACGCGUUUGAGCUGCUGGACGAAAACUUCAUCAAAGGCUACGAGAACUGCGAGAUUCACUUUUGCCACGCGGUUGUCCCAGACGAACCAGACGAAGCGCAAUCGCUGUCCAUGAAGACGUUAAAGAACGCGUUGAAGAUGCGAUACUUGGCGAAAGAAAACGAAAAUCCUCUGAUCAAUUGGAAGAUGAGCGUCAACGCGGCGUGGUACGAUUUUACCAGCGACGAAGCGCGGUUGAUGUACGCGACCGAAAAAUGGUCGCGAUACAUCGAAAAUAUCGCCAUCGAUUUCCUCAGCUCGCGAAACUUGGCGCACCCGUACAAAGCGUUUCACUGGAAAUCCAAAGGCUAUUUGGAUUGGCGAUCGGCAGAUUUGGAACAAGAUGGCGUUUACGAACUCGCGACGCGCGAAUUAGAACAAAAAAGCAUGUGGUGCGCCUCUGAAUUCGUGAAAUCGGUGAGGAUGGAAGGCGUGGACGCUAAAGCGCGCAUCGCCCUCGUUUCUGACAUCCCGGCAAAUACCGACGGCGGCGAGGACGAUAGCCGGCACUUGGUGAAACCGUUGACGCCUGGCAGAGAACCCGGCGACGUGGACCAUCGCGUCAUGCACAUGCUUUGGGAUUUACUCAACAAAACGUACUCCGACGACGACGAAUUAGUGAAAGAUGCCACGCUCAACUCUGCCAGCGCCUCUCGCCUUACCACCCGCGGCGUCGUCAAAAUCGACGUCUCCAACCCGUACGCCAUCUGGGCGAACACCACCGACUCGGGCGUCGUCGGCGUCGUCGACCACAUCGUCGCCGAAAAAGCCGCAACUUUCGUCACGUGCGCCGACCCGACCGCCGAGUGCGCGCAUUGCAUGAACGUAGAGAGCGAGUUUUUAGCGAGCGUGUUAACGAAACGGCUCUUGGACCGAACGCCGAAAGCCAGGAACACGCUUUUGAAGUGGAGUUAG